AUGGAUGCAGAUUUCUUCUUAAAUGAUCUCUCACUAGAAGACAUCGAUUUCGACUUUAAUCUUUACGAAGAAAAUAGUUCAUCAACUUUUGAGCAACAAAUUUGUGAAGAGAAGCCGAAACCAGCAGUGGAGCCUAUGAUGAAGAUCAACAACAAACCACGAGUGAUAUCUUUCGAUUUCUCUCGUGAUGUUUCUUCUUUUUCAGCUGCGGAAGAGAUCAAUAUGGAUCGAUUGGUUGGACGUGGAACCAAAAGAAAAUCAUAUUCCCCUGCGAGAAGAUCUUCGCUUCUAGCCAAAGAACAUGUUCUAGCCGAGAGAAAGCGUCGUGAGAAGCUUUCCGAAAAAUUCAUUGCCCUUUCAGCUCUUCUUCCUGGUCUUAAGAAGGCGGAUAAAGUAACAGUUCUAGAUGACGCGAUCUCACGUAUGAAACAACUCCAACAAGAAAUAGUAAAGCUCGAGGAAGAGAAGAAUGCAACAAGAGAAUUGGAAUCCAUGAUUCUUGUCAAGAAAUCUAAAGUUCUUGUGGACGAUAAAACAUUAGAUGAAGAGAGAUAUGAUCAAGCAUUGCCGGAAAUUGAAGUGAAAGUAUCUAAGAAGGACGUUUUAAUCCGAAUCCACUGCGAGAAGAGCAAAGGGUGCAUGAUUAACAUACUAAACACGAUUGAAGAUCUUCAGCUGCGCAUCGAAAACACUGUCAUAUUGCCAUUCGGAGACUCGACUCUCGACGUCACAGUCCUUGCACAGAUGGAGAAAGAGUUUUCGGUGAAUGUAGUUAAGGAUCUUGUAAGGAACCUGAGACUCACAAUUCUUUAG